AUGACUCGUCAAGUUCUCGCGUCAUUUGAUGAUGAUGCAUUCACCAAUGCAAAAAUGCUGGAAUAUACUGAUUUGUUAUGUGAACCGACCGAUAUAGCUGUUGGGCAAACGUUUAAGGACAAGAGUCGGUGCCAGUAUGUUUUGAGUCAAUUUGCAAUUCAGAAUAAUUUUCGGUAUAGAAUAAUACACUCAAAUUCCAGGAGAUUUACCGUGGUGUGCUUCGAAGAUGCAUGCGAAUGGAGGGUUCAUGCAUCUCGGGAGAAUGAUACGAAUAUAUUCAAAAUAUGGACUUAUGAAUCAAAACACACGUGCUGCAUGGCAUGGAUGAAGAGUGAUCACCGGCAAGCCAGCAGUAAGCUAGCGUGUGAUCUAGUUAUUAGCCGCAUUGAACAACGCCUAGGGUUGAGGCCAGCUGACAUUAUCUUCGCCAUGCAAGAGAAAUAUAAUAUUCGUAUUAGUUAUUGGAAGGCAUGGAAAGCUAGGGAGCUUGCAAUUAAUCACGUGAUGGGGUCUUACGAAGACUCCUACAAUCAACUCUCUUUGUAUUUGCAUGAGUUGAGGAGGGCCAACCCAAGGACAAUUACUGCCGUUUCUGUGAACCAACAGACUUGGAGGUUCGAGAGAUGUUUUCUAGCUCUCGGACAAUGCAUACGAAGUUUUCAGAAAUCAUUGCGGAGGGUAUUGGCUUUUGACGGAACACACUUAAAGGGCAAAUACAAGGGUGUGCUAUUCAUCGCCACUGCCUUAGAUGGGGACAAUCAUAUAUUUCCACUUGCGUUUGGCAUCGGAGAAUCAGAGAACAGCAGUAGUUGGAAUUGGUUCCUUACCCACCUUAACAAUGUGUUAGGGUCUGUGGAGGGUCUUGUCAUUAUAUCCGACCGACAUAAAGGAAGAAGAUUCAACUUGGUCACGACGAAUAUUUCUGAGUGCGUUAAUGCCCUUUUCAAAGAAGCACGUGAAUACCCCAUUACGAAAUUGAUAGAGGCUGUAAUACUGAAGAUACAUGAAUUGUUUUACAAGAGACGAGAAUCUGCGGCAUCAUUUGUGGGUCCAUUGACACCAUGGGCGGAGAAACAGUUAAAGGAUAUCGUGCAGAAGGCGCGAGAUGUUCGCUGUCAUGCUAUUUCUCGAGAUGAGUACUAUGUUGUUGGAGAUUAUAACGAUACGGUGAAGCUCAGUGAGUUUUCAUGUACAUGUCGUGAGUUUGGCGCGAAGGGGUACCCUUGCAUGCAUGUCCUGUCAGCCUGCAUAAACUACAAUUUGGAUCACUACUUAUACUUCUCCCCAUUUUACACGGCGCAUAAUUACCUGACCACGUAUAGUGAAUCGGUGUAUGCAGUAUGCGACAAGAGCGAGUGGGAAAUUUCAAUAGCCUUCGAGGAGUAUUGUGCAUAA